UGAAGAAGUUGAGCUGGUGCCUACAUAGAAGGUACUCUGCAUGCUACCAAAGGAAAAACAUAAACACCAAGCCAGCCAUGAACCCCUUAAUGUACACUGGUAUUCUGCCUGCAAGAUAUGCUAGGACAAAGGCGGCAAAAAAAAAAAAAAACCUUGUGGGAGUAAAGAACAAUAAAUAAUUUGGUUUAAAGCCCUCCCACAAAUUGGAACCCAUACACGAUACUGCUUGACUGACCAAGAACCACAGAAUAGAUAGCUCUGGAACCUGGAAGAAAACAAAAUAAAACAAAACAAAAACUCUAGUGAUAAAAUGACUCCUAUAAUGAUAUUCUGCUAUACUCAUAGAUCAGUGCCUUGUUCAGCCAUCAUCAGAGAAGCUUCCUCCUACAUCAGAUGGGAACAAAUACAGAGACCCGCAGCCAAACAUGCAGAGAAAGAGAGAAAGACCUUGAACCCCUCAGCCCUAAAUGAGAGAAGCAGCACUCCCUUGCUGAGCACAGUGCACCAGAACAUUUACCACCACUACACUGCUGGAGUUUACACUUGCUAUGUUUGUCCCAGUCUCUCUCCAGAAGAAGCUGGAAACCUGAUCACUUACAGAGGCCAGAAUGGUGGAAUGAAGCAGGAAGCCUCUGAAGCAAGCUGGAGAGCCAAGCCCUUUCUGGAGGAGCAGCCUCUGCUCUGCUCCAGAUAACUGUGGCAAGGCAGGAAUGUUGACCUACUGUUACCACACUCACUGUCCAGUUUCUCAGGCUACAUUAUUGGAAUUCUGAAGUCAUGAAAACGCCAGAGGAACCAACCUGCAACACCUUGGAUUCACAUUGGAAAAUAAAGAGAAAGCUUAAAGAAUGUGGUCUAUAAAGGCAGGGGGCACCUGGAGACAGUAGCCAGCUGGUAGUAUCAGAGCAGACCCGUUUCUAGACAGCCGAAGUCAUUUUAGUCCAGUACCAAGGUUCAAGAAAAAAAUGUACAACUAAAAACUUUUAGCCCCUCCCUCCUCUGCUUCAGACAGGUACCAGCGUAGGCAAACUAUGAUUUUCCCUGGUUGAGAGUAUUUGUUUUUGUCCAUGUGGAUCAUGCCUAGGAAUGAAAUAUUUUUUAUUUAACGUAGAUUAUAAUGGGAAACAUUUUCACGAUGGCAGAUUUCAAGGACUUGGUUCCAAACUGAGCCGAAGCUUCCCGAUGUGUUUUGUAGUCCAGGAAAACUGUGCUAUGCUGGCCCAGUUUUGAAGGCCACCAUGCUCUGUACUAGAAGGAUAUCAUCGCAUUGCUGAUAUCUUUGGAGCGCCCCAAGCAGACACAGAAAAUGAAUGGAGGCAAAGAGUGUGACGGAGGAGACAAGGAAGGAGGUCUUCCAGCUAUCCAGGUUCCUGUGGGUUGGCAGCGGCGCGUGGACCACGGCGGCGUGCUUUACGUCAGUCCCAGUGGGUCUUUGUUAUCUUGCUUGGAGCAGGUUAAAACAUACCUGCUUACUGAUGGAACAUGCAAGUGUGGCUUGGAAUGUCCUCUUAUUCUUCCCAAGGUGUUUAAUUUUGAUCCUGGAGCUGCUGUGAAGCAGAGAACUGCAGAAGAUGUUAAAGCGGAUGAAGAUGUCACAAAGCUUUGCAUCCACAAGAGGAAGAUCAUCGCUGUGGCCACACUCCAUAAAAGCAUGGAGGCCCCACACCCUUCUCUGGUGCUCACCAGCCCUGGAGGAGGAACAAAUGCAUCUCCAGUAGCACCUUCACGGGCGGCAGCUCCAAGAUCAGUAAGAAACAAGUCUCACGAAGGAAUUACAAACUCUGCAAUGCCUGAAUGUAAGAAUCCUUUCAAGUUAAUGACUGGAUCAGCAAAUGCCAUGGGAAGACUAUAUGUGCAAGACCUUCCUGGAAGCCAGCAGCAAGAACUCCACCCUGUCUACCCCCGACAGAGAUUGGGCAGCAGUGAACAUGGACAGAAGUCUCCAUUUCGUGGCAGCCAUGGAGGCCUACCCAGCCCAGCAUCAUCAGGUUCCCAGAUCUAUGGAGAUGGCUCAAUCUCUCCAAGGACUGACCCUCUUGGAAGCCCUGAUGUCUUCACAAGAAAUAACCCUGGUUUUCAUGGAGCUCCCAAUUCCAGUCCUAUUCACCUGAAUAGGACUCCUCUUUCUCCACCUUCAGUAAUGCUACAUGGUUCUCCCGUGCAGUCAUCCUGUGCAAUGGCUGGAAGAACUAAUAUACCUCUUUCCCCAACCUUGACUACAAAGAGUCCAGUAAUGAAAAAACCAAUGUGUAAUUUUUCAACUAAUAUGGAAAUACCACGAGCAAUGUUCCACCACAAACCACCCCAAGGCCCACCUCCCCCUCCUCCACCUUCUUGUGCUCUUCAGAAAAAGCCAUUAACAUCUGAGAAAGAUCCACUUGGCAUCCUUGACCCUAUUCCUAGUAAACCAGUGAAUCAGAACCCUAUUAUCAUUAAUUCAACCAGUUUCCAUUCAAAUGUCCACUCUCAGGUACCUGUGAUGAAUGUAAGCAUGCCUCCUGCUGUUGUUCCUUUGCCAAGUAAUCUCCCUUUGCCAACUGUAAAACCUGGUCAUAUGAAUCAUGGGAGUCAUGUACAAAGAAUUCAGCAUUCAGCUUCAACCUCCCUGUCCCCUUCUCCAGUGACAUCCCCAGUGCACAUGAUGGGGACUGGAAUUGGAAGGAUUGAGGCAUCGCCCCAAAGAUCACGCUCAUCUUCCACAUCAUCAGAUCAUGGAAAUUUCAUGAUGCCACCUGUAGGACCCCAGGCCACUUGUAGCGGCAUAAAGGUUCCACCUAGGUCACCAAGGUCAACAAUAGGUUCCCCAAGGCCAUCAAUGCCAUCAAGCCCUUCUACCAAGUCUGAUGGACAUCAUCAGUACAAGGAUAUCCCUAACCCAUUAAUUGCUGGAAUGAGUAAUGUACUUACUACCCCAAGCAGUGCAGCUUUUCCUGCCGCAUCUGCCGGAAAUGGUUCUGUAAAGAGUCAGCCUGGUUUGCUGGGAAUGCCUUUAAAUCAGAUCUUGAACCAGCACAAUGCUGCCUCCUUUCCAGCAAGUAGUUUACUCUCAGCAGCAGCCAAAGCACAGCUAGCAAAUCAAAACAAACGUGCUGGUAACAACAGUAGCAGCAGUAACAACUCUGGAGCUGUUGCCAGCAGUGGCAACACUGAAGGACAUAGCACUUUAAACACCAUGUUCCCUCCAACUGCCAACAUGCUUCUCCCUACAGGUGAAGGUCAAAGUGGUCGAGCAGCACUAAGGGAUAAGUUGAUGUCUCAGCAAAAAGACUCGUUACGGAAAAGAAAACAGCCACCUACCACAGUGUUGAGUUUGCUCAGACAGUCUCAAAUGGAUAGCUCUGCAGUUCCUAAACCUGGACCCGACUUGCUAAGGAAGCAGGGGCAGGGGUCAUUUCCCAUAAGUUCAAUGUCUCAGUUACUACAGUCUAUGAGUUGUCAAAGCUCUCACUUGAGUAGCAAUAGUACCCCGGGUUGUGGGGGAUCUAAUACUGCUUUGCCUUGCUCUGCUAACCAGCUGCAUUUUCCAGAUCCUAAUAUGAAUUCCAGUGUUCUUCAGAACUCACUGACACAGAGCAUACCUUUAAGAGGGGAAGCCGUGCACUGCCACAAUGCAAACACUAACUUUGUUCACAGUAACAGCCCAGUCCCCAACCACCAUCUUGCAGGUUUAAUAAAUCAGAUUCAGGCUAGCGGGAACUGUGGGAUGCUCAGUCAGUCGGGCGUGGCUUUAGGAAACUCAUUACAUCCCAAUCCACCUCAGUCAAGAAUUGCAGCGUCCUCCACUCCAGUGAUACCAAACAGCGUUGUUAGCAGCUAUAAUCAAACAAGUUCUGAAGCAGGUGGUCCAAGCCUACCAUCUUCCAUAGCUAUAGCUGGCAGCAACCACCCUGCCAUCACAAAGACAACAUCUGUUCUCCAAGAUGGAGUCAUUGUCACCACCGCAGCUGGAAACCCACUGCAGAGUCAGCUGCCCAUUGGGAGCGAUUUUCCUUUUGUUGGCCAGGAGCAUGCCCUUCAUUUUCCAUCCAACAGCACUUCAAACAACCAUCUUCCACACCCCCUGAACCCCAGCCUCCUCAGUUCUCUACCUGUCUCUUUGCCAGUGCAUCAACAGCAUCUCCUAAACCAGAAUCUAUUAAAUAUCCUCCAGCCUUCAGCAGGAGAAGGCAAGUCUGAGAUCAACCUCCACCCUUUAGCUUUUCUCUCCGGUGACAUGGAUGGGCAGGUAUUGCAGCCUGUUCAUGUUCAGCUUUUAGCAGCCCUGCUGCAGAACCAAGCACAAGCAGCUGCCAUGCUCCCCCUGCCAUCUCUCAAUCUGACCAUCUCAGAUCUUUUGCAACAGCAAAAUACCCCUUUACCCUUACUAACACAGAUGACAGCCCCAACAGACCGUUUGCCAAGCAAUCAGUCAGACAACAGCCGAGCUGAGACCCUUUUAACCAGCCCCCUGGGAAACCCUUUACCGAGCUUUACAGGCAGUGACACUACUUUUAACCCCCUGCUCCUCCCAGCUGUCACUGGGGCCUCGGGAUUAAUGGCCUUGAAUCCCCAGCUGUUGGGAGGUGUCCUGAACUCAGCAUCCGCCAACACCGCUAACCAUCCAGAGGUUUCCAUAGCAACCUCCUCCCAGGCAACCACUACCACAACCACUACAUCAUCAGCAGUGGCAGCACUGACUGUCUCAACACUUGGUGGGACAGCAGUGGUGUCAAUGGCAGAAACAUUGCUGAAUAUAUCUAAUAGUGCUGGGAAUCCACCUGGUCCAGCUAAACUCAACAGUAACUCUGUGAUGCCACAGCUACUUAACCCUCUACUGGGGACAGGUCUGCUUGGUGACCUGUCGUCAAUAAGCAGCUCUCUGAAUAACCACCAACUGAGUCACCUGCAGUCACUGCUCAACAGCAGCCAGAUGUUCCCUCCAAGUCAGCCCCAGCAGCAGCACCUCCUCCAGGGACACCAGAACCUCCAGGCCUUCCAAGGACAGCCCACAGUCCCUUGUCCAGCUAACAGUAACCCCAUGGCUUGUCUGUUUCAGAACUUCCAGGUGAGGAUGCAAGGAGAUGCAGCUCUUCUAAAUAAAAGAAUAAGCACUCAGCCGGGACUCACAGCACUUCCUGAGAACCCAAACACUGUACUUCCACAUUUCCAGGAUGCACCUUGUGAACUGCAGCCCAGGAUUGACCCAUCUCUUGGUCAGCCGGGGAAGGACAGCCUCGUUAUGGGUGGCCCAGGUGAUGCCUCGGUAGAUGCCAUUUACAAAGCAGUUGUGGAUGCGGCCAGCAAAGGGAUGCAGGUUGUCAUCACCACCGCUGUCAACAGUACAACUCAGAUCAGCCCUGUUCCGGCUCUGAGUGCCAUGAGUGCCUUCACCGCCUCUAUUGGUGACCCUUUAAACCUGUCCAGUGCUGUGAGUGCGGUCAUUCACGGGCGGAGCAUGGGAGGAGUGGAUCAUGACGGCAGGCUGAGAAACGCAAGAGCGGCACGGCUACCCAAGAGUAUAGACCAUGGGAAAAACUCCAGCGAAGGAGAUGGGUUUGAGUAUUUCAAGUCAGCAAGUUGCCACACAUCCAGAAAACAAUGGGAUGGGGAGCAAAGUCCCAGAGGGGAGCAUACCAGGUGGAAAUAUGAGGAAUUUUUAGAUCAUCCAGGCCAUAUCCACAGUAGCCCUUGUCAUGAAAGGCCCAACAAUGUCUCUGCACUGCCAUUUCUAGCUGGGGAACAGCACCCAAUACUGUUACCACCAAGAAACUGUCAAGGGGAUAAAAUUCUGGAGGAAAAUUUCAGGUAUAACAGCUACAAAAGAACUAUGAUGGGCUUUAAGGAGAGACUGGAGAACACUGUGGAGAGAUGUACGCACAUUAAUGGAAACAGACCUCGUCAGAGUCGGGGCUUUGGAGAGCUGCUAGGCACUGCUAAACAAGACCUAGUCCUAGAGGGGCAGUCUCCAGGUUCUUCGAAUAGUUUGGAAAGUUCUCUGGUCAAAGACUACAUCCAUUACAAUGGAGACUUUAAUGCCAAAAGCAUGAAUGGGUGUGUGCCUAGUCCCUCAGAUGCUAAAAGCAUUAGUAGUGAAGAUGACCUAAGGAAUCCAGACUCCCCCUCUUCACAUGAAUUGAUACACUAUAGACCAAGGACGUUCAAUGUUGGUGACUUGGUCUGGGGCCAAAUCAAAGGACUGACUUCCUGGCCUGGAAAAUUCAUAAGAGAAGACGACGUUCACAACUCAUGUCAACAAAGCCCCGAGGAAGGGAAGGUGGAGCCCGAGAAGUUGAAGACCCUAACCGACGGUUUAGAAGCCUACAGCCGAGUCCGGAAAAGGAACAGAAAAAGUGGAAAGCUAAAUAACCAUUUAGAAGCUGCUAUUCAUGAGGCCAUGAGUGAACUGGACAAAAUGUCUGGGACAGUUCACCAAAUCCCACAGGGUGACAGACAAAUGAGACCCCCCAAGCCCAAGAGGAGGAAGAUCUCCAGAUAACAGAGACUGUUCCACUGGCACAGUGUUACCAAGGGAGCGUGCACAGACCCAUCUGUGUGUAGGUGUUGGCAUGGCCAUGGUGCCAUGGUGAGUUCAGAAUGUAAACUAUGGCAGAUAGCUACCACCACCCCAGGGCGCCAAAAGGAGCAAUGAUGGAGAUGGCUUUUGAUCAGGAAGGAAAAUGAAUGUUGAAAACAAAACAAAACAAUCAAAAUCCCUGUAUGAACAAAGUGAUAAAUGGCCAAGUGAUUGCUGAGAACCGUUUUCUAUUAUACUAAAAUUGCGAUUAUAAGAGAUAGUCCAAAUGUUUCUGAAGAAUUUUCAGUGUUGUAUAUAGAAAAUACAGAAUUUCAUGGCGAUAUUAGAAAUGUAAAUGUUGUACAAUAUUGUCAUGUACAAGCAUACUUAAUGCACACUUUAUCUUUUAUUGUACAAAGAAAUAGUGUACAAAAAUCUUUGGUUUCUAUGGAGUACACCUACCAGAGACUACCAGUGUAAAGUGAUAAAUAAAAAUACAACCUAAAUGCUUUUCUAUGAUAAUAUAACAGAUGCUGGUUUUGUAUUUAACGGCAAAGAAAAGGCACGAUGAUGUAACACACAAAUCAUGGCACACGCUGCACACAUCGAGUGUCCACUUACAAUGUCUCUUUAGCAGGAGCCUCAUAUAAAAGCACUAGACUCAGGUUUUGGGGUCUAAGAAGCCUGAAAAUUUCUGAGUGGAUUGAGGAUUCACAGGCCUAAAUCAAGAAUUCAGAAUCUCAACCAUUUGUUACAAUUUCACUCUUUCACAGUUUUGGACAUUUCUAUAAUGAAUUUGAGUCACUGUCCCUGCCUCCAUCCCCUUCUUUUACCCUCCCCCCCCUUACAGUGAGUCCCCUCCUAUUUUCAUGUCUUCCUGUGUGUGACCCACUGGAUGUGAUUUGAGUUUCUUGCCUGAGCACGGGCGGGAGGUUAUUUACUAGAGCACGGCAACUUCUCAGUGGCUACACCAGGAGGGAAAAUGGCAUCAUCCCCUCACCCAGCAUUAACCGCUAAUCGUCCCUCAUGGUGGACUGAGACCACAUGGGCCCCUCCGCCAUCCAUGGUGAAAUACUGAUUUGUUCAAUCAUGUGUAAGCAUGGGCCCUUCCAUCAUCCAUGAUGAAAUACUGAUAAGUUUAGUCAUGUGUAAGUCAUGGCCCCUCCAUCAACCAUGAUGAAAUACUGAUAUGUUCAGUCAUGUGUAAGUCAUGGCCCCUGCACCAUCCAUGGUGAAAUACUGGUAUGUUCACUCAUGUCUUGUGAAAGUCAUGGCCCCUCCACCAUCCAUGCUGAAAUACUGCUAUGUUCAGUCAUGUGUAAGUCAUGGCCCCUGCACCAUCCAUGGUGAAAUACUGCUAUGUUCACUCAUGUGUCAGUCUUGUGCAGAUAACCAAAGCUGCGGGCUGGAGAGGGAUGGCUAUGGCGUACCCAGAAGAUAUCUCCCUGUGCUCUGGCUCUAGGGUUCCUUCCACCCCUUUUCCUGCCUUGGAAAGGGGAUAUGGCUGUUCCACUUAGGACAUUUUUUAAAACGAAGUUUUAAAAUAGAGUGGGUUUUAUAAAAUUUAAAAACACUUAGAUGAACUAUUUUACUCCAUCAUUUCGUUAGUAAAUAUUUGAUAGCCACCAGUUGAACUAGCUAGCUUUUCACCAGCGAUGCUCAGAGUUUUUCUGCAGACAACGUCUGAUGAAGUAAAGCUUCAUUUCCACACAUGGAGGCAAAGGCCACACGUUGCAGCCCUCAACAGACAUAAGGGUGAAGACAGUUCAGUUUUUAUUUUUUGUAAUGGGAAAAAUAAGUCAAACCGCGUUUCAUGCCGUUCAUUUGUGUCUUUACACAGCAGAGAGAGUAGCUUACAAAAUUAUGAGCAGUGGUAAUUUUAUCAAUAUUACAUAACAUAUCAGAUUUAUUUUAUUUAAAGAAUUAUUUAUACCAUUCACAGAUUAUUUUAUAUAAAUAUAUAUAAAUGUGGCUGAAAUAUGUUGGUUACGUCUUAUUAGCCAAAUUAUUUUAUGUUAUAUUAAAUAAAAAAAUGUGAAAUAAAUGUAGAAUAUUGCUACAUUACAAAUACAAGAACCUAAAACCGUGAGUCUUCGUAAAGUGCAAGAUAACGAACAAUAACGGAGCACAGUGCAUCUCCUGUCUGUUGCACAAUUCUUUGUGAUGGUGGCAUAGACAAAAUUGCAGGCCACCUGUUAGAGACUGACAAAAGAAGGGCUAUGUUAUACCCUCUUUCUUGGAACCAGCCUCUACCCAAGACCCGCUUGCCAUGGUCACUCUGUAGCCUGGCACUCAGCUGCUGGGAGAUUGUCCUCUCCCAGGCUCUGGACUGGACACUACUGGUGUAGGAGGUCCUUCUGUAUCUGUGUUGCUUUUCACCUUCCUAAUCCUCCUCUUAAACUCCUCAGUCCCGCCAUGUAACAGAGUCCAGUAACUCAGGGGAAAGGAGACAAAAUUCAGAGUACACAGUACACAUACACCACCAGAGUCUCUUUCUUUUCUUUUCUUUUUUAAGACAGGGUCUCUCUGUGAGCUCUGACUGUCUUGGAACUUGCUCCAUAGACCAGGGUGACCUCAAAGAGACAGAGAUCCUGCUGCUUCUGCCUCCCGAGUGCUGGGACUGAAGGCGUACACCAUAACACCCAUCCUCCACCAGGCUCACUUCUGAUAUCAGAGUUCUGAGAUUUUCCCCCGACAUCUUUUACCUUUCUGUCUGUCCUGUCCCCACCCUGCCUAAUGGAAUACACAUGGCUGCAAUGGAAGUGCCUCCUACAGUGGGUAUGGUGGGAGGGGGUACCAGAGGGAGGGUCCCACAGCUGCCCAAGCCUUCCUUCAGUCACAUGAAGUAACCUUUGAUAUCGUAUAGUUACAAGGUGAUGUAUGUGGUCUAUUUAAACCUCUGAUGCUUUUCUUUUUUUUUUUCCCAUCUCUCUCUCUCUCUCUCUUUUUUUUUAAAGAUUUAUUUAUUAUGUAUACAAUGCUUCUCCUGCAUGUACACUUCUAUGCCAGAAGAGGGCACCAGACCUCAUUACAGAUGGUUAUGAGCCAUUAUGUGGUUGCUGGGAAUUGAACUCAGGACCUCUGGAAGAACAGUCAGUGUUCUUAACCUCUGAGCCAUCUCUCCAGCCCUCUCUGAUGCUUUUCUUUGGCAUCAACCUGCUUCUUCCUGUUCGUGCCCAUCGUUGUUUGUUCUCAGAGAGACGUGGGCGUGUCCAUGCGCUCCGUGUGUCUACAUGUGUGAUGUGUUACAUGGGCGUGUCCAUGCGCUUUGUGUGUCUACAUGUGUGAUUUGUUGCUGCUGUACAGAAGACUCUCUUACUUAGUCUUGGCUUUUGCAUCUUUAGACUGGGCAUGUCUGUGUGUUCCGUGUGUCUCCAUGUGUUAUGUGGACGUGUCCAUGCGCUCCGUGUGUCUCCUUGUGUGAUGUGUUACGUGGGUAUGUCCAUGGACUCCAUGUGUCCACAUGUGUGAUGUGCUGUAUAGAAGGCCUUGGCCCUUCCUUCUUUAGACUGGCUCCAACACACCUUCUCUGGGGAAUCUGAGUUAGUUCCAUUAGCACCGUGGUACACUCUGCAUCAGGGGACCAUGCAACAUUUGUUUCUCCCAUGACCUCAUGGUUGCUGUCGCUUUGCUGUGGGUGCAAGAUACGACUUCCUCUGUCCACAUGGGUCUUUCUCUUUUUCUCUUACAGUUUCAUGGUUUCGUAUAAGCAGGGAAUGUAAAUAGUGUCAGGAGUUUAGGUCCUACCAUGCUGUAAUACUUUUUAAAAUGUUACACCUACUUUACACCUGAAAAAUUGCUCACUUAUGCUUCAGUUCUUCCCACAGAGCCAUUUCCUUCUCUUUCUACUAAAGUCUACUAAAUUUAUUUUUAAAUAAAAACUAGUCCUUCUAUGUUAGCAAAAUUUUUAUUUCAUAAAAUAACCUUUUUUUUUUUCAAGAAAGAAAUCAAGCAUUAGGAAAGAAAGAAAAGAAAGCUUUGUCUUGUUUUUUUUUUUUUUUCCUUUAGAGAAUAUAGUAGCCCUAACUAGCGAAGGAAAUUUAAUCCAUUCUUUCACAGUUCUGGGACGCACACAGAGAAUAGACCACACAUCUAAGUAGUGUUAACGCAUCAUUCCCAAUGAGUAAAAGUUAACUACGAAGGCCUUGUGUGAUUUGUCUUACAGUUUUCCAAGCAGUCCAGGACUUGUUUUUAAAAUCUUUUUAAAGGAAGAUUUUUGAAGCGUACUUUUCAGUUGCACUUUGAAUGAAAAUGUUUGACGAGCACCAUCCUCUAUGAUGUCGUGAGCUAUGGUCAACCCUUUGUAAAAACCUGAUGUGGAGUUUUGCUGUUUGUCUGUAAAGUAAACCUGGUCUCCUUACUUUAUAAUGCAGCAGCCGUGUGGGAGGCGCUGAAGCUGGUGGCUCACCUUCUGUGAGGUUUCUGAAGAUUCUCAGGUGAUAGCAACAUACUGUUGUGAACCAUGGUGACCUUCCAUGCAGGGUUCAGCCUUCCUUUGCGAGUCAUACACAAUUUUGCAUUAGGAUUUAAGACCUGAAGGAUGCUUAGGAUGUUAGUAGCAAUAUUCUGUAUGAAAAGAAAGCUUAGAACUCUAAGUCCUGACUAAUACGUGCUUCCUUUGACCUUUUAUGCCCAAGUGACCUAACGCAAGACUCAAAGCUCUGCAGUGUAGAACAUAAAGACCUGUAUGAAGAUGUGGACACAAGAAACCAAGCAGUCACAGCGGUCACCCCAAGUUAGCGUAUCUUUUUCUUUGAUUCACUCUGCCAUGUUUGCAUUAGCCAAAGAUACAAGAACAUUAGUAAUUCAUGUGUGUACGAAAUCCGGAAGUGAGUAUUAAAUCAGUAAGCCGUAAACAGUGCAAUCCUGGAAAAUCCUGCUAACGAUGGGAAGUCUGAUACAGAAAAAAGUGUUGAAAGUAUUAUCUUCAAAUAUGAAAGUUAAUUUGUAUCUACUGUAGAUAUGUAUGAUAAGCCUUAUCUGCUUUUAUACACACUGUGUGUGUACCUCGAUGACCUUUUAUAAACCUGAAAAGUGGUUGAUUUAAUAAUUUGUUAUGUAAAUACAAAGUUGUCUAUAAAUUGGAAAAUUUGAUGCCACAUGGCUUCAUAAUAUACAAAUGUGUUUUUGUAACGUUAUGCCUUCAUGAGUUAAGUGUAAAUACUUUGAACUGUCUGUGGAGGAGGGUAGUGGUUUUCAUCUCACUCACCUUUCAAAUGGAUAUCUUUGUCCAGAUGAUUAUACCAUCAGAAAAACAAAGUGGCCUGAAACUUUUCAAUGUGAAAAGCAAAUAUGGUUCCAGUUUCCCCAAGACCCCCUUUUACAUGCAAAACCGUUGAACUGUGCUAAAUACCUUGUAUCGUGAGAUUUUUCAUAAGAGAUUUAAUGGUCUAUACCAGGGAUCCACGUAGGAAACCUUCCCAAAGGCAGCUCUUCUACUUGAGAGACAGCCCACAAAUCUUUCUUUGAAACAUGAAAAUGGGCAGAGCCCCAGCCUUCUACUGCUUUGCAGCUUACUCUUUUCUGCUUUGCUCCCGGGGGCCCUGGGAAAUACGAUGUCGAUGAAUAGACCUUAACUCUUGCUCCUCAAGAAUCCCACGGGUGUUACCUCAACACAGGGCUUUCAGCACUGGUACUAGUGACACUGGGGGCCGAGUUGUCUCUGAUUGAGGAGCUGCCUUUCACAUUCUCAGACGUUUCGCAGAGCCUCUCCCCUCAGCCCUCCCAAGUUGUGACAAUCAAAAGUGACUCCAGACUUCAAAUGUCUGCUGAAGCACAAGAGGGUAGAGAUUCUAAUUAAAAUUCAAAACAAAACACUGCCUAAGUUGAGCCCGUUUGGGACCCUGUGUCCAUGUAGGGGCCAUGUGUCUGUGUAAACUAUGAAUAGGCUUGCAUUAUGUAACAAUUGGUAAACUGAUUCCAGAAGCUGCCAAAAUUGGUGUCAACUGAAUGUGUCUUGAGCCACCGUGGCUAAGGAAGUGAAUAUAUUAAUAUCGGCCCCCACUUUGAACUUGAUACUUUUCAGGGGUGUCCAGCAUCUUUUGACACUGUCAUCUACAAAUGCAUUGAGCUACAUUCAUAGCUAUCCUGGGGCAAAGAUAAUCAUGACAGAGAUGCCCGCUUAGAAGAGUUACCUAAGUACAUGCGACUCGGAGUCUACAAGAAGACCCAGAGCCCACACAGAGUAAUACUAGGAUCUCUGGGGGAGUGGAAGGUUUCAAGGUGUGGGAGGUAGAUGCUUUCCUUGGAAUAGAUGGGGUGUUUGCCUGCGGGGACCAUGGUACAUACGUGUUCUCUACAGUUGGUUUUGGCUUUCCUCUCAACAAUUCUGACCGAAGCAAAUCCGAAGAUCGUAGAGGUAUCGUUGCUUUAUUCAUUCUCUUAAUAAAUCUUUACUCUGUGACAUUGUGUAUGAUACCCUGUGUGAAGCAAUGGAGAUUCUGGUAAGCAAGACAGGCCCAUUCUCUGCCCUCACUACACCGAUAGAGACUAACAUGUAAGUAUGAUAAUUGUAAGGGAUGGGGGGCAUCACAUGUCUGCUGUCUGUGGGGAUGAAGGCUUAAAGCACAACUAGUAGAAAAUGAAUUGAAGUUAUGCAAAGUAAAGAGUGUAAUACAUGAGAGUAUGUAGGUGUGUUAGGUACACCAGAGUAGUGCAUGGUAAGGCUUGGGGCUUAAAGGAAGCAGGAAAGAAAAUGCUAGAAGAGCCCUGAGAACCUGACUAAGUACAUGAUUUCUCACCAUGUAUUGAUAAGGGACUGUUGCAUAGACUUUUUUUAAAGUCUAGGUUUGUGUUUUAGAAAAAUUAUUCUGACUGCAGUGUUAAGAACCAGCACUAGUCUGGCCUGGUGUACAACCAGUCCAAAUCUGAGGCAGGAAGAUCACAAGUUCAAGACUGCAAAGGGAGUUCACAGCCUGGGCAACUGAGUGAGACCCUGUCUCAAAUGACAAGUGAAAAGAAAAGGCCUGGGAAUACCAGUCAGUGAUAGAGUUCUUACCCAACGUAUCUGAGGCUCUAGGUUCAGAUCCCAGUAAUACACAUGCACAUAUGCAUAUACACACACAGGCACAUGCAAACACACACACACACACACACACACAGUGAAGGGGGUAAGACUAAAGAGCACGAAAAUUCUUCUGAAUAACAUUUUUGAAUUCAUAAACUUCCCAAUUGUUUUAUUAGAAAAUACCAGCUUACCAUAAUUUUUCAGAUUACAUUUGUCAAUCAGAUACCAUUCCUGUCUAGAGUUCUGUGUGUGUGUGUUUCUAAUAUAGAUUGAACAUUCUUUUUUAUUGUUUUUAUUGAGCUAUGUAUUUUUCUCAGUUCCCCUUCCUUCCUCUCCCCUUCCCUCCUACCCUCUCCUAUGGUCCCCAUGCUCCCAAUUUACUCAGGAGAUCUUG